GCGCGGUGGGAGCAGUCGUCGAGGAGACUGCUACUGGCAGAGGUGCCACUUGGUGGUGGUGGAGGUGCACGAGGGGGGCGGGCAGUGGGCGGCCAUGGAACACCUGGUCGGCGCCCAGGGCAGCGGGAAGUGGAGCGCCAGAGCCCACGGGCGGCGGGGACGUCAGCAAGCUCCUGCUGAACCGCUGGAUGCCAACUCCCGGCGCAAUGAGCGGGAGAGGAACCGGGUGAAGCUGGUCAACCUGGGCUUCACCAACCUGCAGCGGCACGUGCCCCAGAGUGGGGCGGGCAAGAGGAUGAGUAAGGUGGACACUCUGCGCUCGGCGGUCGACUACAUCCGGAGACUGGAGGUCCUCCUGCGGGACCAGGGUCCCAAGGCGCCCCAACACUCCCCUGGCUCCUCAGUGGACGGGGGAUCCACCUCCGGCUCCCCCAGCUCCGCCUACUCCUCCGAGGAUGCCUCCCGGGACUCCAUCUACUCCGAGCAGGACUUUGCAGCCUAUAAGGAAUGGUUGGGCAUAGAGUGACAAGGACUUCAAGUUAGAUGGUCCAGAAUUUCUCACAGGAGAGAUGCUGGGCUAUUACUUCUCCCUGAUUUUCUGUCUUCUGAUGAAAGAAAUCUCCACUUCACAGGGACUUGGGUCAAAAAGAACAGGACUUUAAUAUCUCAAAAUGUUUCUAUCUUGGAACUAUAAGUGUCACCAUAAGCAAGUGUCUUUCCAAGGCAGAUACAUUCAAAAAGAUAUUGUUUAUGUUGUACAUACUGUAAAUGUAAAAGUUUUGUUGAGACAAGUUGGAGAGGGAGGCAUGUGACUGAAUUAUUGGGAAAUGAUGUGGGGGGAGCUUUUCCUGGAGGUUUAACUGGCAGUUCAAUAGCCAGAACCAAUUUUCGGGAUAAUCUUGUCUCUCUGCCAAGAUUCUAAGUGGACGUUCUUCUAGUCAAAUCUCCUUGCCAACUGUCUUCCACAUCCCUUGGCAGUGACAUGUUGUUUACUUAUGGAAAUAUGCCAAGAGUGUUCAUCUUGUAGUCACCUUCCGACAAGAACCUAUUCAUGCCCAGUUACAUUACCUACUCAAGAGGCCUCAAGCCAGCAGUUGCUUCGAGAUAUUAGUUACAUCUCUGCAGAAGCUGAAGAUACUUGCUUCAGCCUUCAUUUGCAUAGGAGCUGACUGAUUUACAUGGAAAGAGUUGGUGUUUUGAUGAAUCAUUGUAGAGACCUAAAGGGCUUCACUGGUAAUAAUUACAAUGGAUAAAGUUUGCAGCCAUUUUGUGUACAGAAUGAUUCCAUUCAUGGCAAUGGACCAUUAAACAAGUGCUUAGAGUCAUAGAGUAAUACAGCACAGAAACAGGCCCUUCGACCCAUCAACUCCACACUGACUAUCAAGCACCCAUUGACACUAAUCCUGGCAAUUUACAGCGGCCAAUGAACACACGACUUUAGGAUGUGGGAGGAAACUAGAGCACCUGAAGAAACCCACAUGGUUACAGGGAGAACGUGCAAACUCCACACAGACAGCACCAGAGAUCAGGAUCGAACCAAGUCACUGGACUGUUUGCUGGGGGUUGUUGAUUGACAAGAGAGUUCUCUUUGGUUUUUGCUUCAAACUUCCCUGUGAGAAUCUUUUCUAUCCAUCUGAAAGGGCAGGGCAGAAAGUUUAAUACCUCGUUGGACCUCAGACUGUGCAGCACUCCCUCAGCGCUGCUUCCCAGUAUGAUCUCCAACUACAGAGUGACGCUUCGGCCCUUUGAGGGAGUGCUGCACAACUAGGGUAAAAUCGAUUCAUUGGCACGUAAAAGAUAGAUGUUAUACAUUGAAGAGCAAAGAAACAUCUUGGCCGUUACAGUAAAACUCUGAUAAUCUUGGAACCUUUGGUGGUCCCAACUGGCAGAUUUUCCAGACUAUUGGAAGUAAUUCCUACUAAAACACAAUACAUUUCCAAAUCACUUUUUUUUAAAUGUUAUAAUAAAUUUUCCAGUGAACCUGGUAAAGCUUAAAGGGAAUGUGGGAACCAGGGCCCCGGUGAGUUUCAAGGAAGCUCAACAAACAUUACCUGGUGAGCCAGAUGUUGAGUAUUUCUCAAGUCAAGUCGAGGUUAUUGUCAUGUGCAUAAGUACGGUGAAGUACAGAUACAAUGAAAAGCUUGCUUGCAGAAACACAGCAGGGACGUAGGUACAGACAACAACAUAAAUUAUAUAUAAAUUAUACUAGACAGUGAAAAAAAAAGUGUGCAAACCAAGACAUUAGUGCAAGAAAACCACAAUCAGACACAAUUCAGAGUUAACCAAAUAGUUAACGAAUGGAUUACUAGAGUUUUACUGUAUUGAUUUCGUAACAGUCAUGAAUGAUCUUGUCUAUGUUGUUGUGGGAGCUUGCUGUGCACAAAUUGGUUACACAGUUUUCUGCUUUACAAGUGACCACACACACAUGUGCUUUGGAUGCCUAGAGCUUAGGAAUGACGCUACAUAAAUGCAAAUUUCUUUCUUUAUCUAGCAGAUCAUUACAAACUGAGGCUGAUUUGCACUGAUAGCUACUGCGUUACGUAGCUACAGCUCCUCCCCAGGUUUCGACAAGGUUCUGUUCUUGUGACCUAGACAAUCCACAAGUCGGAAGUGUGGCCGCGAACCAUGUUCCCACAGGGCAGAAGAUGCCUGCAACACCGCAAAUCUAUCCCGCUGGUCCCCCAAAUGCUUGUUUGUAUGUACACCCUGCACAUAAGUCGAGUGUUUGUAAUCUGGGCAGGACCUGUACAUCACAAGUAAACAGGGCCUCUGAGUGAACAAAACCAUCCAAAGUGAGUGUGGACCAGGGCUGACAUGCUAUGUUACCACAUAUCCUAUGAAAAUAGGGAUCAAGGGAAGGGAUAUUCACUGAUGUUUUUCUUUGAGAUGUGGUCAUUACAGGGUAAGGUGAGGAGAGCAAAAGACUGCAGAUGCUGGAAAUCUGAAAUAAAGUUAAGAAAUGCCCAGCAGGUCUGGCAGCAUCUGUGGAGAGGGAAACAGAGUGUUUGCAUUUAAGUUUGACUGGAAAAGUUAAGAGGCAAAACAGGUUUUAAGAUGCAGAGAAAGAGGAGGGGAGGGAGUCCAGGGAAAGGUCUAUGGUAGGAUGGAGGGCAGGAAGAGGGUUAACGAUGAUUGGGGUGAUGGGGCCAGGUGAAAGGAGAUGGUUAAUGGGACACGUAAAGGAACAAGGAGUACGUGGGAAGAACAGACCCAAUCUUUCUAAUUGUUGCCUCAAGAAUGCUGCCUCCAUUCAGAAGUGGAGGUGCCUACCCUGAGCCUGCUACGUUGCUUUUACUCCAGGGUGGGAAUUUCCUGGAGAACCCCUCUGCAUUUCCAAGAAGGGGAUUUGGAAUAGAGUGACGGGAUCCAAGCUUACACCUGUGUUAGCUUGGCAAUUCCCAGGCAGAGAGGAUGACUGCAGGUAGGCAGGUGACAUGGCAGAGCCCAGACCAGAAGAACCAAGCUGCAUCUUGAUGCCACUUUGCAGCCAAGCUCAGUGACGUUAGUGCCUGGUCCAGUUCGUCUGGAAUAUGCGAGGCAAAAGCUCCCUGCAGCACUUGGGAAACUUGAGUGCACUUCUAAUGGGAGAUGUGGAUUGGAAGAGAACCUCUGAGUGGACAGUAGUGCCUCAAGUAGUUGCCUCACAGCUCCAGCGACCUGUCUGAGUGCACGUUCUCCCUGUGACCCUGUGUGUUUCCUCCCAUUUCCCCCCAAAAAGUUGGGGUUGGUUAACUGCUACUGUAAGUUGCACCUAAUGUAUAGGUGAGGGGCUGAAUCCAGGGGCAGUUAAUGGGAAGGAGGAAGGAAUAAAAUGGGUUGGAGCAGAAUUAGUGUGCAAAUGGGUGCUUGAUGGUUGGCAUGGAUCAGGUGGGCCGAAGGGCCUGUUUCUGUGGUGUAUCUCUCUAUGACCAUGAUUCCAACUAACCACACACACUGUCAGAGAAACUGUCUCACUGGUGACCUUCAAUGUAUCCUUAAUCAGCCUGGGUUCUUAGUGACUCCAAUCCGUCACACCAUUGCUGGGUCCCCCCAAUAGUUAGAUAAUCCUAGUCAAGCCAAGUUGAGUUUAUUCUCAUAUGCACAAGUGCAUGUAUGCACAGGUGCAAUGAAAAACUUACUGCAGCAGCAUCACAGGCACAUAGCAUUAGAGACACAACAUUCAGAAGAAAAGCAUAAAGUAAACUUAAAUUGUACAAGAAUUGUAGAAGAAAGAACAGAAUUAGAACCAAAAAAUAAACAAAAUUCAUUGUACUGCAAAGCGGUCAUCGUGUUUCUAUACUGAGGUAGUGGUUGGGAUUGUUCAGGUUGCUUUGAGAACCAAAUGUAACACUCAGUAACACUCAGUUACUGCCAGAAUCUCAGGUAUAUGUGAUAAAUGAUAACUUCACCCACAUCCCAAGUGUGACUGACCAAACAAAAACGGACAAUUAUAACGUUGGCAGAGGCUGGGACUCUUGAAGGUGAAGGUAAUUUUACCAAGUGUUACUGAUUCAAGGGGCAAGGCCUGGUUUAGAAAUGGUGCAUAUGGAAUAUUCAUAUGUAAAUAUGUAAAUGAGUGUAAUGUUUGCAAAGUAAUGAUGC